AUGGGCAUGGUACAUCCCCGAGGCUGCGCAAAGCAGAGAGAGGAGGCAACUUUAAAAGCAAAGAGGCAGGGAAAGCCUUUUACACGUGAUAAAGAAAGAACCAAAAGUGCUUUGCAUGCGUGUGUAAGAUCAUCAUCAUCAUCACUCUUUCCUUCACUUUCCUUUCUUCUUCCUUCAACGAUUCUGAAUCUUCCACCACCCUCUCUACUAUUUCUACCCCCUCACUCACUCCUUCAAGCUCCUUCCUUUGUUAAACAAGUCAAACAAGCUGAAGCAAUUGGUACUGUUUGGAAGGUGUUUGAAGCAAAAGCUAAAAGAGAAAUUGGUGCUUUUUUGCAUUUUACAUUGAUUCCAGUUUAAGUACUCAUCAAUAAAAGCUAACAACAUGCCAUUGAGGCAGAUGAAAGAAGGGUCUGAGCAACACCUAGUGAUCAAACCCCAUUUGCAGAACCAGAACCCCAUGUGUACUCCAGCUAAGAAGGUACCGAAAGCUACUACCCAAAAUGGCCAAGGUCCAUCACCACCUCAAGAAAACCAUAGCCAAACUUCACCUCACCCAAGGAACAAGGGAAGGAGAAGGGGCAGAGGAGGCAGAAAAUGUGAUCAAGGUGAUGUUUUGAUGAGGCCUAGUUGCAGGCCUUGCACUGCAACAAGUUCUUCUGCAAAUGGAAAUGUUCAAAAUGGCUACACCUCUGGGAAUGUAGAUAUGGGUUUUCCUACUUCAAGCAAGUCUUUAAGCUUUGCUCGUAGACCUGGAUUUGGACAAGUUGGGACAAAAUGCAUUGUGAAGGCUAACCACUUCUUUGCAGAGUUACCAGACAAGGACUUGAACCAAUAUGAUGUUACUAUUACCCCGGAAGUGUCUUCAAGAGCAGUAAAUAGGUCCAUUAUAGCUGAACUUGUGAGGCUGUAUAAAGAGUCUGACUUAGGGAUGAGACUUCCUGCAUAUGAUGGCAGGAAAAGUCUGUACACUGCAGGGCAGCUUCCAUUUGCUUGGAGAGAAUUUAAGAUUAAGCUUGUAGAUGAACAAGAUAGAGUAAAUGUCCCCAAAAGGGAAAGAGAGUACAAUGUGGUGAUAAAGUUUGUUGCUCGGGCAAACUUGCAUCACUUAGGUCAGUUUCUAGCUGGUAAGCGUGCUGAUGCACCGCAGGAGGCACUUCAAAUUCUUGACAUUGUUCUGAGAGAGCUGUCGAAUAAGAGGUAUUGUCCCAUUGGGAGGUCCUUCUUUUCACCUGAUAUUAGAACACCACAACGGCUUGGAGAGGGAUUGGAGUCAUGGUGUGGAUUUUACCAGAGCAUAAGGCCUACUCAGAUGGGCCUUUCCCUCAAUAUUGAUAUGGCAUCUGCUGCAUUCAUUGAACCUCUUCCAGUAGUAGAGUUUGUUGGCCAACUAUUAGCAAAAGAUGUGUUGUCAAGGCCGUUGUCAGAUGCUGAUCGCAUUAAGAUUAAGAAAGCCCUUAGAGGAGUUAAAGUUGAAGUAACACACAGAGGAAGUGUGAGAAGAAAAUAUCGUGUUUCUGGGUUGACUUCUCAACCAACAAGAGAACUUGUGUUUCCUGUUGAUGAGAACUCAACUAUGAAGUCAGUUGUUGAAUACUUCCAAGAGAUGUAUGGUUUCACUAUUCAAUAUGCUCACCUUCCUUGCCUUCAAGUAGGAAACCAAAAGAAGGCUAACUAUUUACCUAUGGAGGCCUGCAAAAUUGUUGAGGGGCAACGCUAUACAAAGAGAUUGAAUGAGAAGCAAAUUACUUCUCUGUUGAAAGUUACUUGCCAGAGACCUCGUGAUCGGGAAAAUGACAUUUUACAGACCGUUCAACAUAAUGCUUAUGACCAAGAUCCUUAUGCAAAGGAAUUUGGAUUGAAUAUCAGUGAAAAGCUAGCUUCUGUCGAAGCACGGAUUCUUCCUGCCCCAUGGCUUAAAUAUCAUGAAAGUGGGAAAGAGAAGAACUGUUUACCCCAAGUUGGUCAGUGGAAUAUGAUGAACAAGAAAAUGAUUAAUGGAAUGACUGUUAACCGGUGGGCAUGCAUAAAUUUUUCACGGAGCGUGCAAGAUAGUGUUGCUCGCACUUUCUGUAAUGAGCUUGCUCAAAUGUGUCAAGUAUCUGGCAUGGAAUUUAACCCAGAGCCUGUUAUUCCCAUCUACAAUGCCAAGCCUGAGCAGGUGGUGAAAGCUUUGAAGCAUGUUUACCAUGUUUCGUCAAACAAAACUAAAGGAAAGGAAUUGGAGCUGUUGUUAGCAAUAUUACCAGACAAUAAUGGGUCUCUCUAUGGUGAUCUCAAGCGUAUAUGUGAAACUGACCUGGGUUUAAUUUCACAAUGCUGUCUGACAAAGCAUGUCUUUAAAAUCACUAAACAGUACUUGGCUAAUGUGUCUCUGAAGAUCAACGUUAAGAUGGGAGGUAGAAACACUGUUCUUCUUGAUGCUUUGAGCUGCAGGAUACCAUUGGUUAGUGACAUACCAACCAUAAUUUUUGGAGCAGAUGUCACCCACCCUGAAAAUGGAGAAGACUCUAGCCCCUCAAUUGCAGCUGUUGUAGCAUCCCAGGACUGGCCUGAAGUGACGAAAUAUGCUGGUUUAGUGUGUGCUCAAGCUCAUAGACAAGAACUUAUACAAGAUUUGUACAAAACUUGGCAGGACCCUGUUCGCGGCACAGUUAGUGGUGGCAUGAUAAGAGACUUACUGGUUUCCUUUAGAAAGGCGACAGGACAAAAGCCACUACGAAUUAUAUUUUACAGGGAUGGUGUAAGCGAGGGGCAAUUUUACCAAGUAUUACUUUAUGAGUUGGACGCAAUCCGGAAGGCAUGUGCGUCCUUGGAGCCAAACUAUCAGCCUCCGGUAACUUUCAUAGUUGUACAAAAAAGACACCAUACUCGGUUAUUCCCAAACAACCACAAGGACAGGAGCAGUACAGAUAAGAGUGGGAACAUAAUGCCUGGGACUGUUGUUGAUUCUAAAAUCUGCCAUCCAACGGAAUUUGAUUUUUAUCUCUGCAGUCAUGCUGGCAUCCAGGGUACUAGUCGACCUGCUCAUUAUCAUGUUCUAUGGGACGAAAACAACUUCACAGCAGAUGGAAUUCAGUCUUUGACCAACAAUCUUUGUUAUACAUAUGCGAGGUGUACACGCUCCGUGUCCGUUGUUCCUCCAGCAUAUUAUGCACAUUUAGCAGCUUUUCGAGCCCGUUUCUAUAUGGAACCAGAUAUGCAAGAGAAUGGCUCUUCAGGUGACGGUAACACUAGUAACAGCUCCAAGGGGACACGAGUAGCUGGAGAGUGUGGUGUUAAGCCAUUGCCAGCCUUGAAAGAAAAUGUGAAGAGAGUGAUGUUUUACUGUUAGACUUGGAAUUGGUAGAUGAUAGAGCAUCAAAUAGUAGAAAACUGGAACAAUCAUUGAAUGCAGUGCUCACUUCAGAUUAGCAUGUACAUUAGUCGCGGUUCAUGCAUAGCGGUCAGGUUUCCUGUGAUAGAUUCACGUAGGUUUGGUUUCAUGGUGAAAUGUUGAAGAAUCACUUAUAGUUGGAAAUUAAAAAUUACAAGACUUAGCUUUUGAAGAACCUUGGAAACCAAUCACCAACUUAGUUUAGAGUUCCUAGAAGUAUUAGGUUUUAUAGAUAUUGUAAAAGUUGGCAUUGUAAAGAAUGUUCUAUCAGUCUUCAUUGUAGAAAAUUUUGCCUGAAGAUCUUUCUAACAUAGAAAUUUCCCACUUCAUUUUUCAAUGAGGGGAAGUUUCAUCUCAUUAGUUUUGCAAUAUAAUUAGCCAACAUUCACGUUUACUCUGAUACAUAACAA